CCCAAGCUGACACCUCCAGCUGACUUCUCCAGUCACCUCACAACCAUGAAGACCGUGGCUCUUCUAUUAUGUGUGGCUGUGGCAGCGGCACGGGCGGCUCCCCAGGGCUACGGGGCCCCAGGACCCAUUGGAUCCGGCGGAUCCGGUGGGUCGGGCGGAUCCGGAGGGUCCGGCGGGUAUAGCGGGUCCGGAGGGUCCGGGGGGUCCGGAGGGUCUGGUGGCCAGUACGCCUCCGCACCUGCAAAUUACAACUUCCAGUGGGAUGUCGACGACGCAGCCUCUGGUAACUCCUUCGGCCACGGGGAAGAAGCCAACAACGGUAUAGUACAGGGAAGGUACUACGUGAGGCUGCCAGACACUCGUCUCCAGCAGGUAGAGUACACCGCUGACGACUCCGGCUAUCACCCAGUCGUUACCUAUGAAGGCCAGGCCCAGUUCGGCGGCGGAGGUGGAGGUGGAUCUGGCCAGGGCGGAGGCUACUACCCCUAGUCCCGAAGAUCAAAACGCACAGUUGCUAAUUGUUUUGUCUUCCGUUUCUUGUAUUUUGUGUUAAGCUGUCAUGCAGGUCUUGGCAAAUUUAGUGCGUUCAUUGUUUAUA